UUAAAUGUUACAGGGGAAAAAAAAAAGUUUGUAUCUGAGCAGUACAUUACAUAAGAGAGCACUUUUCAGAUUUAAAAAAAACAACAUAAUGAAGGCUGCUGGGUUUUGCUGCAAAAUGAAGAAGCGAGUGUGACAGUCAAAGUGUCCAGAAGAACUGCGGCUGGUUCUGUAAGAUGCUCAGUAAAACCUACAGCUCAUUUCCUUAUAGAACUGCACUCACUGUACCUGAGACGACUAUAUACACUAUAUUGCCAAAAGUAUUUGCUCACCCAUCCAAAUUAUCGGAAUCAGGUGUUCCAAUCACUUCCAUGGCCACAGGUGUAUAAAAUCAAGCACCUAGGCAUGCAGACUGUUUUUACAGUUUGGAGCUGGCCCCUUCCUCUUCCAACAUGACUGUGCACCAGUGCACAAAGCAAGGUCCAUAAAGACAUGGAUGACAGAGUCUGGUGUGGAUGAACUUGACUGGCCUGCACAGAGUCCUGACCUCAACCCAACAGAACACCUUUGGGACGAAUUAGAGCGGAGACUGAGAGCCAGGCCUUCUCGUCCAACAUCAGUGUGUGACCUCACAAAUGCGCUUCUGGAAGAAUGGUCAAAAAUUCCCAUAAACACACUCCUAAACCUUGUGGACAGCCUUCCCAGAAGAGUUGAAGCUGUUCUAGCUGCAAAGGGUGGACCGACGUCAUAUUGAACUCUAUGGAUUCGGAAUGGGAUGUCACUUAAGCUCAUAUGUGAGUCAAGGCAGAUGUGUGUCCCAGAGGUGGCAGCGAGGUGGGAACGCCUCAAACUCCUGCACGAUUCUGUCUCUGCUCAGUGCUCCCUGUGCCUUCAUGGGUUCUCUGGCUCCUGGACCAAUUGCAGACUUCAUCCUGAAUGAUUUUAAAAUGCACAACAUUGAUGUGUCUCUUGUUACUGAGCAUGCUCAGUGCUCAUGCCCUGCCUCCGUGGUCAUCAGCAACCAGACCAGUGGCACACGCACCAUCCUGCACAUGAACAGAAACCUGCCUGAUGUUUCUGCAGAUGAUUUCUCAAAGGUGGAUCUCAGUCAGUUUAAGUGGAUUCACUUUGAGGGUCGUAACGCUGAUGAACAGGUAAAGAUGAUCGAGCAGGUGAAAAGCUACAACGCCACACAUGAGGAGAAGAACAGGAUCACUAUCUCUGUGGAGAUUGAGAAAACCCGUCCCUCACUCUAUCAGCUUUUCUCCCAUGGAGACGUUGUGUUUGUGAGUAAAGAUGUGGCACUGCAUUUUGGGUUUCAGUCGGCAUCCAGCGCAGUGAAGGGGUUUUACAGCCGUGUUAAAGAUGGGGCUGUACUGAUCUGUGCCUGGGCGGAGAAAGGUGCUGAUGCGAUGGGUCCUGAUGGUACUGUACUGCACUCUGACGCGUUUUCUCCUGAGAAACUGGUGGACACACUUGGAGCCGGUGACACGUUUAACGCCUCAGUCAUUUACAGCCUGUCUAAUGGAGGGUCUUUACAGGAAGCGCUCACAUUUGGCUGCCAGAUUGCAGGAAAGAAAUGCGGCAUACACGGCUAUGACGGGAUCGUUCAGUGAAAACAGAAACAGAAAUGAAGAUGCAGAUGUUCAGGAAAAUCAUGUGCAGUUUAAACACCACAUUCCUGCUGAUCAGCAGAUUUAACAACAUGAACACUUAGAAUAAUCAUAAGUAAGCAGGUGUCCAGGCCUUGUUCCAGACCUUCAAAUCUUCAUUGAUAACGCUCACUCGUACACUUGCCCUCAGUUUGAGUUCCCUUUUUAAGAGCAGAGAGGAAGAUGGUCAGAUGAGGGACUUAGCAUCUCUGUGCACUUCGGGAACUUAUCCAGAAAUUUUAUUAGUUAGUGAUCUGAAAUGGGAACAUUAGCAAGACCAAAAUAAUACUGAACAGUUAUAAUUUACUUAAUAAUACUCAUAUUGAAUAAUAUUUGAUUCUUUUUCUGCAUGCUGAUGAUCACUAAUCUACUUUAGGUAAUUAUCCAAGUACUAAAUAAAUAAAUAUCAAGUGAACUAAUUCACAUGCUAAUCAGCUAUCAGGCUAGCUAGUACAUUAGCAAGCUGAUAUGAUUGUACAUAUCAGCUUGCGAAAAAUAAAAAAAUCAUUUCUGAAAAAUCAUUUCUCUACUCCCGACAAACUCUGAAGUAUAUUUUAAGUGUUUAAUACCAGCAAGCUCUAUUUGUCUGGAUGUGAUAUGAUAUCAGUAUGGGAUGUUGAUGAAUUUACAAAAAAAAAAAUCCUGGAUUAAAAAAUGAGCCCAUUCUGUCAAUUAAUCUGUUCUUUACAUUUCACUGAAUUCAUGUGAAAAAUUUGACACUGAAAUAUGAAUUAAAAGUAUAAAAGUAAAUAUAAAAUCACUUUGCUAUACUUAGAACCUUAAAUUCCAGGAUAAUAAUAAUAAUAAUAAUAAUAAUAAUAAUAAUAAUAAUAAUAAUAGUUGUUGUUGAAGAUGAUGAAGAAAGAGCAUGAGAAAACCAAGAAUAAAAGUAAAUACAAACAAAAUAAAUAAUUAACAGAGAUUGAAGGGGAAAAAGAAAACAGAAUAAAUAAUAAAGAAAAGCAUCUAAAUUGUCUUAGGCUGCUUUUUAAUAUGAUGUAGCAUAUUUAUGUGAUCUUGCUCAGUAAAUCAUUUCAUUCUUUAAGUGUGUGUGUGUGUGUGUGUGUGUGUAAGUAAAUCUCCAUUGUAAAGUAUAGAUGUGUGUGUUAGAAAUGUAAUUUAAUUAAGUUGAAUUUUGUUUG